CUCCGCGUGUAACUCUUCAGUUCCUCGCACUUUAAGUUUGUGUUUGCUGAUCGUUCCCGGAGGUCGAACGCUUUCUUGUUCCGUUUCACACAAAUACUCUUGAAGUUUUCUUUUAGUAUCACCGCCAUCUUAACUUUUUAUUCACACAUUUAUUUGGGACCUUGUGCGCACUAUUUUUAGGCGUUCUCCGGGAACCUCCGUUCAUCAGGCUGUGAUUUAUUACCGGUGUACUGAAGUUCCUCUAGCGUUCGGUGAGGAUGUGGAAGCGGAAGACACACACUCCGCACCCGUUCUUUUAUGACCUGAAUCUAACAGCAGCUCAGCGGAUCCAGGGAAUCGUUCUGGGCGUGGUUCUGUUUCCUGUGCGCAUCACCCUGGCCACGCUCUUCUUCCUGCUCAUGUGGCCCAUCGCUCGUCUGCGAUUGGCCGGUCUGUCGGCGGCGGAGCGGGCGGAGCCAGUGCGGGGCUGGCGCUGGUGGCUCUUCCAUCACAUCAUACUCUUCCUCAGCCGCGCUGUUUUCUUCUCCGUGGGCUUCCUGUGGAUUAGGGUCAAAGGGCGUCAGGCGGGGCUGAAGGAAGCGCCGGUGUUGAUCGUAGCGCCACACAGCGGAUUCCUGGACAUGCUGGUGCUUUGCGCGACGGGUCUGCCGAUCGUCGUGUCGCGUUCGGAGAACUGCAGACUCCCCGCCAUCGGAGCGCUGCUGGAGUUCAAUCAGUCGGUGAUCGUGAGUCGAAAAGAUCAUCAAUCCAGGAAGAAGUGUGUGUCUCAGAUCUGUGAGAGAGUCAUGUCUGACGCCCGCUGGCCUCAGAUGCUCAUGUUUCCAGAAGGAACAACGACUAACGGCCGAGCUCUAAUCAAAUUCAAACCCGGAGCGUUUCUGGCCGGCGUUCCCGUCCAGCCCGUGCUGCUUCACUAUCCCGGAGAACCGGACACGGUUCGCUGGACCUGGAAAGGACUGUCGUGGCUCGGCACUCUGUGGCACACCACGUCUCGGAUCUACACCAGCGUCACUGUGGAGUUCCUGCCCGUCUACACGCCGUCACAGGAGGAGAAGCAGGACCCUGAGUUAUACGCAGAGAACGUACAGAAACUCAUGGCCGAGGCUCUGCGUGUUCCUGCCACUGAUUAUGUGAUGGAGGGCCGCUUUCCUGUUAAGAAGCUGGGAAACCUCUCUCUUCCCCUGGAGCCUCCGGCGCAGGAAACACUCAAACUGCUCCGUGAACACGGUCUCACUAGCCCUCAUGUGGAGGUCGUGAUGAACCACAUGAUUGACAGCUGUCACUCAGGCCAGAGCACCAUGGUAACGGCCGAUCACCUGACCGCUCUUCUGGGGCUGAAGGACAGAAAGACUGCGGUGAAGAUCUGCUCGCUUUACUCAAAGGAAGAUACGGUGGAUCUGAGGCAGAUCUGUCUGAGUGUUUCUGCUGUUUCUGGGUUCAGGAGUCUGGAGUCUCUCAUACACACUGCGUUCACGAAGUACGAUGCAGACCAGGAUGGGUUGUUGAGCGCAGACGAUCUGUCCGGCCUGAUGGGGGCGCUGGUGGGCGUCCCUCAGCACUUUAUCACAGAGAUGUACACGGCGCUGACCACCAGGGGGCAACCCACUGAAGCUUCUCUGCAAGACUUAUUGAUGACGCAUCCAGUUUAUCGCAAAGUCUUUACCGAGUAUCUUCACUCCGAUGGGCUUGCGGACGGAAAUCACAAUGGGAUUCCCAACGGCAAACACAACGGGAUUUAUAACGGUCACGGAGCGACCAAUACGAAGUCCGACUGAGGUUGCAUCGCAAAACUGGGACGAACGUCCGCAAACAUGCGACAUCUUUAUACCAAGCCAAGUGUUAGUACUCGUUCAGUCUGACUGAACUUGCGUUAACUAACAUUGACUGUGAGCGCGAGUUGAGAAUGUGGUUUUGAGGUUACGUUUACGUGUAAACGAAUGAUUUGAGUGUUACUCUUACUUUGUCCUGUUUUUGCGCGAGUCUCUACGCUGGGAAUGAUACUGUGAGAAUAUACCACUACUAAAUGUGCCUUAGAACAAAUGCCUAUAUAUAUAUAUGUAUGUAUUUUAUCAUGAAGUCUGAAGGAUCUGUUUAUGUAUUUAAAACUGUAUAUUUUUGUCAUUUUAAGCUUUGUAUAUUGUAAAAAACGAAAGACGUACUGUACUGCGAAGGAUUUCUGCCGAAGU